CUUCGUGCGUCUUGAGUGUAUUAUUGGUAUUAUUUGUAUAGAUAUUAAAGAAAUUAACGGUGUUUCAUCUCGACCCACCGCAAGAACUAAUUUGCGAAGCGGGUGAACUGGAUGAAUCGCGCAAACAGGACGGCGUGCAGAGCACAGUGGCGCGGGGCGCAUGGAUAUUUGUUUGCCGGUGCCGCGUUGGCUGCCUUCUGUUAUGUUAUGGGAGUCAAAUCUUUGGACUUCGAACGAGCUUCCGUAAAGCGUGCCUGAUAAACGUAUGCAAAUGCAUGUCAGCCAUCGGAGAACAUACCAGAGCACAUCGAAGGAGACUGGGAAGCAUCCGAAACCCUUCACGCCUCCCAACUUCUGGCUGCCGAAGCUUCCAUGGGCCGUCGCAACGGAGAGGGACCUGCAGCGGAACAGGCAUCUGCCAAAUCCACCACAACCGCUGUGACGCUGCCAGGAACGUGGCCGGCGGCGUCAUGACACUUCUGGGAUCAUCAGGCAGAAAUCAAGGGACCGCUUUUUGGGACAAGGACGGCUUUUCGAAGACUGCAGAGUUGGCGAGGCACUGGUCGGCGGUGACAUGGAGAACGGCAACGCAGCAGCAGUGGUGGUGGAGGCGGGGCUACCAGUGGACAGAGCAGCUCUGUUUGCUGUAUUCUAUGGCAUUGAGUGCGGUUGCACCACAUUUGGCCACUGAGACUAACUGCUCGAAGCUUUGAGUCUCCAAUCACUCGGAAUUCGCCAGGCAAAGGGACUGUUACGAGGUGAAAUCAAAAAAGUUGCGAGACUGAUUUUGUAGCGUAAAAAGAGAGGGCAGCACGGUGUCGCGCGUGUAGCUGUCAAAGUCAAGAACCAUUCUCUGCCAUUAUGCCAAAGGACAUUGUUCUGUGAUCAUUCGGAGCUACGCUACGCGAGUUUUACAACCACGAUGGCAAUUUCACCGUAGACUGCAAACCAAAGCGAUUGUAGUAGUACUUAGUGGUGAGGGUAGCGGAAAGCCGGAACAUGUUGGCGACUCCUUUAGUGGGGGCAAGUUAGUUUCGGGGAAGGGAAGGGGAUGAAAGGAGAGAUUAGAAAAAAGUUAAAGAUAAAGAAAAGGAAUGGGUUGAAAAGAAAAGAGGGAAAAAUGGGAUGAAAAGGGAUCGGGAAGAAAGAAUAAAAAAAAGAAAAAAAAGGAACGAUUGGUCAGCAGUUCUUGUGACUCGAUUGUUGGUGUGUUGCCAUCGCCCAGUGUAUGUCAGACACCGAGGCUAGAGGCGGUCCAAUAAACUGGUGUCCUCGAAGAACUUGAGAAGUGCGGUGAAUGUUCUUGAGACAUCGCGUGCAGAACCUGGGGGAAAAAGAAUGUCCUGUGUUGUAGCACUUGCUACGCCAGCUUGCCGCAGGCCGUUGAGAAACAAUUGUCUUUUGUCCGCUAGAGUAGGGCAGGUCCAGAGGAGAUGGUCGUGGUCCUCGGGAACAUCACAGUAUGGACAGUUUGGGUUUAUUGUUGGGUCCAUACGGUGAGGGGCUUUCGCAGUAAAGGCACAACCAGUGCGAAGUCUGUGCAGUAGAGAAGCGGAGGCUCGGGACAGCUCUGGAGGCACGCGUGCGGGUGGCUUCCCGGUAAAGACGUGCGUGUCCGGAUGUAGUUUCUCUAUUUCUUCGUGAAUAAUAAGUCUGGCCUCUUACACUUUGGUAUGAAAGUGUUAGUACAUUAAUGUGGUGAGCUGCAUUAGCGAGACGAUCGGCUGUCUCAUUGCCCGAGAUACCGACGUGUGAUGGCAGUCAUUGGUAUGCUAUAUGCCAUCCUUUAGACCCUAAGUUUCUUGUCAUGUGUCCAAUGUAUCUGGCAUAUUGUGGGGCGUCUUCAAGGCUACCGAGAAGUUGCAAAAGCUAUUCUGGAAUCUGUGAGGAGCACUGCUUUUCCACAGUGAGGGAUACUGUCGAGGAUGUCAAGGCCUAGCCAAAGCGGGGCGAGUUCGGCAGUGGUAGAUGUAGCGUGAAAGCUCAGUUUCCUUGAUUUGGCCAUUUUUAGUUCCGGUAUAAAAACUGCUGCAGUGGAUGAUUUGUGGCUAUGAAGUACCGAGCCGUCGGUAUGCACAAGCAUCUAUCCUAGAAAAUCUACCUGAAUUCGGUAUUCGGCGAGCGACAACAUUAAUUGUGUCGAACUCGCCGAAUCCAAAACAGACUUUUGAAAUGAUUCUGGAGGCCUAUGUCAAGAAGCAGUGAAUUGUUUGGAGUGUUUCGAGUGGCACUCCUACUUCAAAAACUGCAGAACAUCGCUGGAAAACAAGGGAUAAUACUGUGUGUCAAAUUUGUCAAACAAAUUUGACACACAGUAUUAUUUAAGCAAUGAGCUAGUAACGAAUGAGAAUAAAAUAAAAUACCUCGGAGUCAUUUUGUCAUGCGACCGCAGGUGGGAUUCGCAGAUUGAUGAUGUCAUUAUGAGGGCGGGUCGUGCACUGGGCUUUGUCCAAAGAAACCUAAAAAACGCUACACAAAAAAUAAAAGAACUAGCAUAUCUUGCCUAUGUAAGGUCGCUUCUAGAUUACGCAUGCACUGUGUGGGACCCUUCCAAAAAAAAUUGCAUGGAUGGCUUGGAAAAAAUACAAAAUCGUGCCGCAGGCUUCGUCCUGGGCCAGUACGACAGUUUUUCUAGUGUAACUAACAUUAAACAAUCACUAGGAUGGGCGUCAUUGGACCUUUGGCGAAAAAAUUUACGGUUGAAAUUUUUAUACAACAUUUAUCAUGAAGCUACUAGUAUUAAUAGCUCAUCAUACCCCUUAAAACCAAAUUAUUUUUCCAAACAUAAUGAUCAUGUGCACAAGGUACGCUUAUACUCUGCUAGGACGGAGCUGUGCGAAAAUUCGUUUUUUGUGAGGACGGUCAAGGACUGGAGCGCUUUACAGGAAUGUAUAGUUUGUGCUGCAAAUGCUGAGACAUUCUUUUCGUUAUUAUUCGCCCCCUAAAUUAAUGCCUUCUAGGCGCUGCAGGAGUUCUCUGAAUAAAGAAUAAAGGAGAGGUCGGGCAAAGUUCCCCUACCUCUUUUUGUCUUCCAGCAAUGUUCUUCCAUUCUUCAAGAGUGAUUAUACCGUUUGGCAUAAUGUGAAGGCGUCUGCCUUCGACUGCUGCACCCACAUCACCGUGCUGCCCUUGUUACAAUAUUAAAUCAGCCUCUGAAAUUUUUUAUUGCACAUCAUACUUACAGGCUUUCUUAGAGUCAUUUCAAAGAUUUUAAAUUUUUGGAUAUUGUUGUAGUGAAUAGAUAGUACGAGCCAAAUGCCAGCACCAAACAAUUUUGGAACACAUGAAAAAGUUUUGCGCGUUUUUAGUAGGACUUGUGAAAUAUAAUAUUUUAGUUCAGUAAAGUCCCUUUUCUCUUGUGGUAGGGAUGGUCUGCCAGGAUGCUUUAAUCACGAGACUAGUAUGGUAAGCAGCAUUUCACCGUGGAAGAACAUUCAGAACGUGAAAUGUUUAUACCAUGCUUUCCUCCAGCAAGUUGUGAUUUCUAAAUGUCUAGCAUAUUCUUUUAUUGUCUUACGAACCAACACGGCCUUCCGUUUGGAAGGUACUUCAUGGAGCUUAUCUAUAUCAAAUGCAUGUUCUUUGCAUUUAGCCAGUUUGAGCUAAAUAGUUCGUCAUCCGAGCUAGAAUUUCCCUGCUUUAAUUCUAUCAAUCUUGUCGUGCUACAGUCUCCUAUGAGGCUCAAGUGUUUCUAUGCCUGAUGUUCCUUAAUCAUAUGUGGUGUAGUUGAUUAUUCCAUGCAUGGUUCUUGCUAGAAGAGCCAUUGGUUCCACAACAAGCAUCAGUCUUUGUAAGCGAGCUAUGAAUCCAGCAGAUUUGACAAUCCGAGGGUCCUUGAUGAUCUCAACAAAUAAGUGACAUGUAUGCAUCAGAGCUGCAUUCAGAAGUUGUACUCCACUGUGAGCACGAAGCUCUAGAUGCACCUUGUCAUUAAUGUUUUGUUUUCUUUCAUGCCUUUUGCAGUGUUCUGGGUGGAAUUGUAGAAAUCUGAUCCCAUGACUUCAUCAGCUUGACUCAUCAACCUUCUAACUUUGAGUCCCCCAGCAAAAUUUGAUCUGGUGUUUCAUGAAAGUAUCUGGAUAGGAUACCUACUAUCUCUUCGGUUUUUGUUUUCGUUCGUGGUUUUAGCAUGCUGUAAACGUCCCCACCUGGAAUGCUCUGCUUUAAAAAAAUGUUUUCUGGGUUGGAAAAAUCUGCAGUCGAGAAGAGCAGUGACAAGAUCGGUUGGGAAGUUGCGCUGUCAGCAGCAUCCAUUGACUAGUGUCCAGUGAAAUGAAUCAUCUCAUGCUCUUGUUUUUGUUACAGGAUGCAACCAGGAGCAAGCUGUAAAUGACACUAAUGUUAGCUUCACACUGACAGUUCAGGGGGGACAUGGCCUAGAGAGAUAAUUUUUUGCUAAAAAAAACAUUGAUUCUGAACAAUGCUUUUAUUUAGGUCCACCAAUAUCUGAAGGAUAUUUGCACACUGUUUCAUCCAUUUCUGUUGCAUAGUUCACUUUCUAUUAUUUAUUUUCAGUGUUUCAGUGCAAUGCAUUAUUCUUCGUUCCAUUUCCUUAGUAUGAAUUUCAUUGUAGUUAGUUCCAUUUCAUGAUAAGACUAAAAGGUUAAUUCUUUGCUUUUCUUGACUGAAAUUUAAUGAGGAAUGCGAUUGCUGAAUUGUUUUUUCACUUUACUGAUGUUAUUAAUCAAAAUACUGAGACUCGAGGACACAGCAGGCAUGAAAUUUAACCGAUUUUGCGGAACAAUGUUGGUUAAAUUACAUUUUACCAAAUCGUUUUCAGAGCCACAUAUCCCAGACAUUUUGCUUUUUUCUUCGAUAGGAACUGUCAUAAUUUUCUUCACAAAUAUAGUGUGCAGAAAAUCUUUUAUUAUGCCUAGCAGUAGACAUUGUUAAUAUUGAUUCAUUUCAGCUAGGGUUUAAAAAGUCGAACUUCUUGAUUAAUGGCCUCCAAUGAGAAAUGUAAUGCAUGGCUUAUGUCAGUGGUCCUCAGCCAUUGACGUUUCGCGGACCCCUUGUGGGAUCGGCGGAGAUGAUGGAGGACCCUAUUCGUGGUGAGAGGAGAGGAAAGGUAUAGGCUAAAAAUAAUGUUGAUUUAAUAAAUGGAUAUAACUAAGGGCUAGUGUGAAGUAGACCUCUCUUAUUGACGUUCACACGAGAGAACUCGCGCGAAAAUUGAAGCAUUUCUUCUGGACCUGAAAAAAGACAACUUUUAUUGCCAGGCGUGACUGAUGAGGCAGAGCUUCGCGGAGCUUUCGCGGACCCCAAAGGGUCUGCGGACCCUCAUUUGAGAACCAAUGGCUUAUGUUAUGCUGUGCAUUGUGGUCAUCAUCCUUGCCAGCUGAUGCCAUAGUUCCUUUUGCUGUGGAGUGAAAAUAAGAUGCUAGGACUCGCCCCGCUAGACAAUUCUUAGUUUUCCAGUGACUGUAACAACUGAAAUGUGCACAGUUGCCAAAAUAUUCCUCGGUGACAAACCCCUUGUGCUACUAGUUAGAAAUUGCAUUUCUGGGGGCAAGAGCUCAUCUCUGCCUUUAAUCCUGCAGGUCCAACACUUCAGUGAACGCUCCAAAGAAGAUGUGCUGGAUACCGCAUUGAUGUCCUGAAAGGGCCCCCCCUAGCAGCCAAGUCAAUUCUGCACAGCACGAGUUCUUGAAGCAACGUAUCUCUGAGCACAAAUGCAGCUGGAUGGUCACAAGAGCAUCGGACAUCAAAAAGGAGAGUGCAUGCCGUGAAGACAGCACGGACUUGGGAGACAAACAGGAGAGCAUUGACAACAAGGGCGACCUCUCUCAAGUGGACGGAUUGAAUGUGCAACACCACCGAACGAGCCAGCGAGACCGGUAUCAGUGCCGUUAUUGCUCCUUCGAGAGCCAUAAAGCGACGCACGUCACCGAUCACGAAAGGACUCACACUGGGGAGAAGCCCUUCAGCUGCCGCUUCUGCAGGAAGGCGUUUUCGCAAAAGGCAAACUUGCUGAGGCACGAAAGGCUGCACACGGGCGAAAGGCCGUUCGUGUGCCCAGUCUGCCAGCAGACGUUUACGCAGAGGAACGCUUUGGAGGAUCACGAGAGGAUACACACGGGAGAAAAGCCUUUUGUGUGCGGCAUGUGCGGGAGGGCAUUUUCGAGGCAGUCGCACCUGAGGCGUCACGAGAGGGUUCACACGGGAGAGCGGCCGUACCAGUGCGAGACCUGUGGAAGGGCGUUCUCGCAGAAAGUGACUCUGAACAUGCACCGGAAGAGAAACCACAUGUAAAGGUGUGCCAUUGUGGGAACUGCAGAAGCUUGUGAGGAGAAUAAUCAUUCCAGAUGCCCCUCAAUCUGCACCAACUCAAAAAAUGUUUGUUACUUUUGCUUGACAUGUAAACAUUGCUCUGCAUUGUGUUGUAUUACCUGAAUUGUAAAGCAUGUUUAUUUGUUUUCUCACAUUUGCAAGGCUGUGCAAGACUCCCAUUGCAUAAAAACAUAAUUUGCAUGAGUCCCUAUGUGUAAGAUCUCUUAAACCCACAGGUGUUAUGUUUCUUACUUUUUUUUUUCAGUGUGGGAUUAGACAUUCCCAGUGUUUGGUGUCAUGGUUUAGUCCAACUAAUAUUUUGCAUACAAAAGCUAGCAUUUGAAGUAAUAAUCUGUGUGCAAUAUUUGUUCAACAAAUAUAAGUUGCACAAGGUUAGUUAUUUUUGUUUGUUAUUCCUGUUAAACGUUCACUUGCUCUAAGUGCAACUCUAUGGUUAUCCUGAGUGCCAUAUGGUGUACUAACACAUGAGGGCAACAGCUAUCUCCAUAAGCUUGAUGCAUUGAGCUUAAUUUAAGGUCUUGUUCUGACCUUUGUUUUAGUUACUCAAACCCAAAUUCUGGUUGUCGCUUUCAUAUCGCUCUUUGUGUUGUUUUACAUUUGUGAAGGGCAUAAGAAUAUUUUUGUGUAAUUUUUAACUUACAUAGGCUUACAGAGAAUAUAGUUCCCUUUGUAUUCUUGCAUAUAUAUUUUCUGGGAGACUUCGAACCAUGCUAAAAGGAUUCUGACAUUGCACAUUUAAAGGUAAAACACCAAUAUUUUCUUUUUACUGUGCAUUUUCUUUCGUGAUAUUUUCUGUGAAGGCUGCAAAAUCGUGUUUCUUAGCAUGGGUCCUGUUUUACUGAAAUACUAAAAAUUUUACUUGGAUGAACUGCGCUUUCGAAUUGCCAAAUUUCAGAUGAAUUGGUUUUGAAGUUAUUGUUUUUUACAGACAUGUUGCUCUCAUAAUGCAGUUACUGAGUGUUUUUUGAAACAAGCUUUUUAGUCCUGCCACUUUCAUUUAAUGUUCGGAGCAAUGGAACUUGACUUUCUAUCUUGAUGCUUGCAGUAUAUAGCUUUGUUUCCUCUUCAUGCAUCUUGCUUGCACCAGUUGCCAGUGUGAAUAGACCGAUUUCACCAACCAGUUUCCACUGCUGGCAUGCAUCGUAGGAACUGUAGUCAUUCUGCCCACACGACAACUCUGCUGCGGGUCGGCACGAGAUUGCAUAAACUUUCUUGUGCACUGUUGGGUGCCUCCGGUGAACUACAGUUAGGGCGUCGGCAUGUAUGCAUGGCACGCCUAGUCAGAGCGCUUAGUGAGAUUGGUCUAUUGGCGCUUUCAGGUAUGACUAUGAUCAAGAUGACAUCUUCAUGGGCCAUCAGACCUCUAACCAAUUGCAUUGAUAUUAGCAAAAACAUUUGCAUGUGUACAGCUUUUUCUUGGUUUCUGGGCAUUUAAUAAACUUUGGUGAAACUGG